UAUAUUCAUUUUGUUUGAUUUUCUCUGCUUAUUCAUCUAAUAUUCUGCUUUUUUGCAUCUCUUUUGUCUGCCCACCAUCUUUUUUUCUGAAUGUAUACUGUCAUUUCCCUAGCCACAGUUUCAGCAUUUCUUUCCUUUCCUUCUCCUUCUUGCCAAUACUCAUCCUACAUGUCUCUUUCUUAUUUUCUUGUCCUCCUUUCUUUAUCACAAGCUCUUUCAUGCUGGGAUUGCCAUGACAUCCAGCACAAAGGACGUGGCAUUAGACCGGAGUCAUUUCGUUGGGACUUCCUGCCGAUCUACAAACCGGAACAGUGCACAUAAUAUUUCCCCCAUAUGGCCCAUGCAUUCAAUCUGCAGCGAGGAAGAAGACUUUCGUGGGUAAACAUCAAAUUACAAACCUAGUAAACUAUUUAACUGCCUUUUACUUGUGAUGCUGUUCUGUCCCACGGCAGAUGACAAUAUACAAUACGUCUAUAUAAUUUCUUCCGGAACCUUGAAUUAGAGGUUAGGAAUUCCCCCUUACAAUGUGCACUAUAAGAGCUCCCACACACGAGGUUGCGGAGGCAGUCCACUCCGACCUCAACAGAACAAGCAACGAUAUCGUUUACAGAACGACGACACAAAGUCGAAAGAUGCAGAUACCGGUGCUAUUUUUGGCUCUGGCUAUGGUUUCAGCAGAAGAGGCGGAGGAAAACACUCGUCUUUUGCUCGGGGCUCGACCUCAAGUGACCAGUCAACACAGCCUUACCUUGUCGUCCUCUUCGGGCCCCUUGAGUCCUACCGGCCUGCUUCUUAGCAUUUUCAGCAGCGCUGCACAAUCGAAGCCGCGCCCUCACACGACUAGCAGACCAUACCCCACAACGCUCCAUCAGUCGUGCACCUACUGGUGUGCCACGCCCGAAAAUCAGUUCUACUGCUGCGAGCACGGGCCAACCAAGCCUACAUUGCCGCCCUUCGGGAGACCCGGAUGCUGCCCCGCUGUCCGUCCGGAGUGCCCGACCACCCGCGUCGGUCCUCCAGAGACCUGCUCCCACGACCACGCCUGCACCAGGAGCCCCACAGACAAAUGCUGCUUCGACCGAUGCCUGGGGCGCCAUGUUUGCAAACCUGCGCAGCCGUGUUAUACUUUCUAGGAUACCUGAAGGUCUGGUUGUAUUUGUAGCUAAAAAAUAUUGAGGAAACAUUGUUCAGAAAUAAAGCUUUCGAUUAAGUAAAUGACUGUUGCUAGUAUUUCCUUAAUGUCAGUUUAUUAUACCUACCUCCAUUCAUAUAAAUAUAUAUCUAUA